AUGCAAAGUUAAUUCUCUAGUUUAUACCCACAAUUUAAUGAUUUAGAGGAAGUUCGAUAAUUCAUUACAAGUAAAAUAAAUACUGUUGAUCUCACUCUUUAAUCCCCACCUUACCUAUCAUCCUUUUUUUAACCAUUAAGAAAGCAAGCUUUUUAAAAUUAUAUUGUAUAAUGUUAUUUAAAAAUUUUAGGCUGCAAAAGUAAGUGAUUAAAAUUAGAGGAAGAUGGCAAUUUAUAAAUUUAUUUAAUUAGUUGAUAUUGAAAUAUUGAGUUUAUUUUCAGAACAGAUCAUAAAACCAUAUUAAAAUUUGAUAUUGGUUAGACAUUAUGGAAUUCCUUAAAAUUUGGAUGUGGAGAAAUUAAAAUUGGAUAAUUAGACUUUAGGAGCAUUAAAUGAUUUAGCAAAUUCUAUUGCUUAAUGGAAUCUUUAAAUUGAGAUAGCUGUUGAUAAUAUUACAAGAGUUCAAUUAUAUGAUCUUUGGAUUCCAUCAGAAAAGAUUAAAGAAGCUUAAUUAACAGCUGAAAUUAAAGGAAUCCUCUCACCAUCUGAUGAUUUUGAUUUUAAGGUAUUAAUAAAUUAAAUUAGACAUAUUCAAAACAUAUUUUGAUAAGAAUAUUAGCUUAAGGAGCUGAGAAAUUUGGAAAGUAUUUAUAUUCAAAUGGAUUAUCUGAAUCUAAUUUAUCAUAUGGUGCAGCAUUAAUGAUAUAUCAUGCUUUAGUUGGAAAGUCUGCAUUGCCAUGGAAUGUCAUAAUGCCUAAUGUUUCAUUAAAGUGGCUGGUAUUGAUAUAAAUAUUGUUUAGUUUGGUGGAGUGAUUGGUUCUUUGGCUUUAGGAAAAGUAUCUACAUAUUUAGAGAAAUGUGAUUAAGUACAAUAAUUAAAAGGUUGUGCAGAAGUGUUUUAAGAUAUAUCAAAUUUUUUGAUUAAUUUUAAUGAGACUUUAGGUGCUGCAAUAAGUGAUGUAUUAUUGACAGUAAAUGAAGAAUAAGAGAAGGAGAAGAAAUAAAGUAAUAAUUGAAUUGAUUAUUUUACAGAUUUGACAACUCUUGUUGAUUAAUUUCUUUAAUCACCAGAAUCUAUUAAGGAUGGUUAGACUGAAAUUAUUACUUGUGAAGACAUUAUUAAACAUGAAUAAGAUGAAUGGUAAUUAAUUUAAUGA